CCUAAAUUUCAAAUAGACCCGCCGCGAAAUGACAUAGCAAUAAUAAAGACUGAGAGGAAGAUCACCUUAUCUAACAAAAUAAACGUAAUAAAUUUGCCAUUAGGAGAAAUGUCGAAAUCAUCCUUUGCUCACAGCAAAGCCUUUGUCAUCGGCUACGGCUUUAGAGAUGUUCAUAAUCGGCACGCUUUUGGAAAACAAAGUUACAAGGAAUCAAACGUGAUGAAAAAUAUAGACUGUCAAAAAAUUUAUGGCACUGAGUAUGUCACACCGUCUUUCGUCUGCGCGCUUGCAAAUGGGGGGACUGCGUGUUACGGAGAUUCGGGGGGGCCGCUGGCUUAUAAAUGGUGUAAGAAAUAUUACCUGAUCGGCGUCACAUCAUUUUCUCCUGGUAGAUGCGAAGACGGUGCACCGACUGUCUUUGUAAGAGUUACGGCCCACUUGGAGUGGAUACAAUCACUUAUGUAAACUACAUGUUAACAAAAUAAGUACUUUUUCGAUUAAAAAUCGCGUAUAUUUCUUUUUGGAAACAAACCAACAUUUCUAGCCACAAUGCCACAACACGGCUGCCUGAGUUGAUAAAGUCAUCAACCAGUUAGAAGGAACUACAAUGUCGCACGAGUUUAUCUUAUAAAGACUGUGUUUGAGAGUGUACCGUUUAAACAUCGACGGUACAGCCGCUAUACGCCUAAUAUUUCAUUUUUUGAACGGAAUUGAUUCUGUCAACUACUUGAGAUACGGUGAAGCGGGGUGCUACGUUCUGAUUGGCGCAAUCAAAGUCAUAGGGAUGGG